AGGGUGUGUGGUCAAGCAAACCUGAAUUGUGCAGUGUGUUUGCACAAGUUUCAGAAACUAUUAGAUUCAUUCAUGAAGUAAGCAGAUAAAAAUAAUCAGCAUAAGGAUUCUCUCUCUUUUCCUUGACUGUGGAUUACAGAAGUUAAGGACUUCUGAAAAGAACCUUACCAGUGGAUGAGGCCUCACCUGUUUCGAUUUGAGUUGGAUGUCAACAGUGGAUGAAGUGGACUGUGAGGAGUGGAAGAGAUCAUGGUCACUCGGUUGUGAGUGACAAGUCAGGACAGGUCAGGCCACCAGUUAUCAUGUCCAUGCUCGAGGAUGAGGAGGGUGAGGGAGGCAGAGGGGUGGAGCGAGAGUCAGACAGAGACAGUGCAGUAGACAGUGCUCUAUCGUCAGAGAUAUCGGAUGGAGGGAGAACUGGAGAAAAAGAGGAAGGGAUUGGGCUUUGCCUCCCAGGAGAAAAGUGUGGUCAGAUGUAUAAUCGCUCCGAGACUUCUGAUCAUUCUACACGUUCAUCUGCCUCAUUAAAUGAGGAGCAGUUUGAGGACUAUGGAGAAGGAGAGGAUGGAGACUACACUCCAAGCAGCCCCUGUCCAGACGAUGAGAUCCGCUUUAAUGGAUGUUCAGAUCUGGGCUCUUCUGUUUCCUCCAGUGCUGGUCAGAGUCCUCGGAAGAUGCGCCAUGCUGGUAACCAGAUGGAUGUGUUUUGCUCUCAGUGUUGUAAAAGGGUCAGUCUGCUCAAUGACCUGGAGAACAGGCUGAAAAAUCUCAAAACCAACAGCCCAAACAGAAAGAUCUCCAGCACUGCAUUUGGAAGGCAGCUGCUCCACAACAGUAACCUCAGCAGUAUUAACGGCAGCACAGAGGAUUUGUUCCAUGACAGCAUUGACUCCUGUGAAAUAGACAUUACUGAGAAGGUGAGUUACUUGAACAAGAAAGUGACAGAGCUGGAAAAUGAGAUUCUGAUGAAUGGGGAUGUCAAGUCGAAGCUGAAACAGGAAAACAUACAGUUGGUUCACAGGAUUCACGAGUUGGAGGAGCAGCUAAAAGACCAGGAGGCCAGAGCGGAGAAUAUGAUGGAAGAGGAGCUCAGGAGAUGCAGAGAGGCCUACAGCCGACUGGAGAAAGACAAAAACACACAGAUAGAGCUGCUCACAAAUCGAGUAUACCAGCUAGAGGAGGAAAAUGGAGAGAUGGCAAUAAACAUGAACAGACUGAAAGCUCAGACAGAGAAACUGGAUGAGGAGAGACAGCGGAUGACGGAUAAGCUGGAGGAUACAAGCCUGCGGUUGAAGGAUGAGAUGGAUGUGUACAAGAAGAUGAUGGACAAGCUACGACAGAACAGAAAUGAGUUUCAGAGGGAAAGAGAUACCAUGCAGGAGCUAAUUGAGGACCUUCGGCGAGAACUGGAGCACCUCCAAAUAUACAAGCUGGAGGCAGAAAGAAUGGGGCAUGGCCGCAGAUCUUCCAUUAGCCUAUCAGAAUACAGCACUCGAACACGUGAGAGUGAGCUGGAACAGGAGGUCAAGAGACUAAAACAGGAGAACCAGAAACUGAGGGAACAGAAUGAAGAUCUAAAUGGUCAGCUUCUCAGUCUGAGCCUCCAUGAGGCCAAAACCCUGUUUGCCACACAGACAAAAGCGCAGUCUCUGGCCAUGGAGAUUGAUCAUGCCUCCCGUGACCAGUUGAUGGAAGCCCUCAAGGAACAAGAGGAGAUAAACUUCCGACUCAGGCAAUACAUGGACAAGAUAAUUUUAUCUAUUCUGGACCACAACCCGUCUAUUCUGGAAAUCAAAAACUAAAAGCCUGUCAUAAGCUGUUUAAAAACUUAACAGUGGAUCUAGAGCUCCCCCUGAGGUAGCGCUGAACGUCAAAUGACUUGUGCCUCUGAAUGCACAAUAUCUACAAUGUGCUGGGUGUUUUGUGCACCUUUCUCAUGCUACAAAAAUCUAAAAUAUUCUGGUGAAAUAUUUCAUGCACUUUUUAAGGGCAUUUUUGCUGCUCUGUACAACACAAAGGAGUUUUAACUGGAAUGUCAUUAUGGUUACUGAAUUGCACCAACUAAUAUGUGAAUAUAUGACACUGGAUGUUUUCACGGUGUAUUUGCAUUAUAUGGAUGGUGUAUGUUUGCUGAGUUUGCACUGGGAUGUGAUGAGAAAGGUUGAAUGAUAAAAAAAAGAGAAAUAACUACCUAUUUGAUGGACAUCGAAGCCUGUCCCAUUCAUAAUUGCAGAGUAUGAUCAGAGGAAAGAGACUUUUAUAUGGCAUGUGAGGGAACGAUGUAAGGAAAGACAAAUUAGAAGAAUAGGGGAGAGGAAAUUGAAACUGGAACUUGAUAACACCGCCUGUUGUAAAAGAAAUACAUUUUAGAGCAGGGCAGUGCUCUAGUCUGUGUUUGCAAUGUAAAGGUGAGAUGUUUAUUCUGAUAUUACAUGCAGUAUGUUUGAUUCAAAAAGGAGUGAAAAUGCUAGAGGAUGAAUGUAAAAUGUCAUUGUGAAUGUACCAAACAAGUAUUUAAGGUUAUUUACAGGCUUUAGCAUUAGACCUGUCUGUUCAUCAGCUGAAUUAUGUUCUUAAUAGCCUUAAAGAACUUGGACUUGUUCUUCCAAACUAAAAUAAUAUUCAGUUAAUAAUUUCAAAUGCAACAUUCUCAUGAUUUUCUAUAAUGUGAUUUAAAUACAAAUAAACAUGUACAUCAGAUAAUGCAAAUCUAAAACACACAAAACUUACAUUUGUGUUCCUAUCCCAGGAAGGUUUCAUAUAUUGAAUGUCAGACAUUUUUUAAAUGUAAAAUUCAUCUAAAAAUGGCGUUUUUUUUUUUUUUUUUUUUAAAGAGUAUCCUAAAAGUGUCCCCCACAGAUCUUUUAUUCAGUCAAUAGAUUGUAUGUGAUGACAAUAUCAAGCAUCUGAUUUAUUCUGUGCGGAUCUAGGCCUACAUUCAGUAUAUGUAAUUCUGUAAAUUCGAUUUUUUUUCUCACAUAAAUACCUCCCAUUUCCUUGUAGCUUUGUGGUUUUUCACUCAUCAGUUAAACCCUCAAGUAGACCUUUUUUUUUCAGUCACACAUUAAAUAAUUGCUGAGCUAUAUUACACUUUAUACAUGUGUGUAGGACUUGUAAAUGAUGUAAAGAAAUUACCUUUUUACUUGUGCCACUCAUUGAUUUUACAUUGUUUCUCAGUUUAUUUCAUGAAUAUUUUUAGUCGUGGAAACACCAUAACAAGUAUCUUAUUAUUUCUUAUUCUCUUUAUAUUUAUAAAGGAGGUGCUGGAGAAGGCGGCAGUAUUCGUUUUGCUUGUUUAUGAGAGAGCAGACUAACUCACAACAUGCUGAAUGGUGACACACUUUAAUCCAAAAAAGGGAUAUCUGUACACUUGCACAAAAUGUAUACCAAUUGCAUUUCAUUUUCUGCAUAAUAGAUUAAUCUGAAAUGCCUUAGCAAUA